AGUGCAUAAGUGCAAGCAACACGCACAUAUCUUAUUAUAUUGGGAUUGUCGUACGUACGGUUAAUUUGUCAUUUUCGUGACAAGCAUUUUCACUGUGUUUACUGGUUAUUUAAAUCUCUCGAGACGAUAUUCGCUGAUACAAAAUUGUGACAAAAAUGGAGUGUUUAAUUGGUAUUCAGUGCAAAGAUUUCGUGCUAGUUGCGGCAGAUAUGACAACUACACAGUCUAUUAUAGUUAUGAAAAGUGACGAACACAAAAUCCAUAAGAUUUCUGACAAGCUUGUCAUGGCAAUAUCUGGAGAAUCAGGUGAUACAACGCAGUUUUCCGAAUAUAUUGGGAAAAAUAUUCAACUAUACAAAAUGCGAAAUGGCUAUGAAUUAUCUCCCAAAGCUGCAGCUUGUUUCACAAGGAGAAAUCUAGCUGAUUAUCUUAGAAGCAGGACUCCAUACUUUGUCAAUAUGCUAUUGGCUGGAUAUGAUGUUGAUUCAGGAGCAGAAUUAUACUUUAUUGAUUAUUUAGCAUCCUGUGUAAAAGUUCCUUACGCGACUCAUGGAUAUGGUGGGAUGUUCUCCAUGUCUGUUUUAGACAGAUAUCACAAAUACGAUUCUACUGAAGAAGAAGCAUAUGCCUUGUUGAAGAAAUGCGUGCGAGAAAUUCAGAAACGUUUAAUUGUUAAUUUACCAAAUUUUAAAGUUCAAAAGAUAUCAAAGGAUGGAAUUAAAGAUAUGCAGCCAAUUACAGCUGAAAACUUGGCUGUGGAAAGUGCUGCUGAAGCAUAAAAAAAUGUUUACUUAAUAUUUUCU